AUGGCUGCGUCUAACACCACAUCGACUUGUUUGAUAUCACCAGACUUCGAGCACUACAAUAUCACUGAUUUGCCCGAUUCUGUGCUGCCAGUUUGGACUGUUCUCGCCUAUGUCAACGGAAUCGCCGCCCCAUUAACUGCGGUUUCCAACGCCUUGAUAAUUUGUGCAGUUUUUGGAGAUCAACAGCUGCGAUCCAAGGCUUAUACCCUUUUGCUUGCGGCCCUCGCUGUGGGUGAUCUUCUAGUCGGGUUAGUUGUAGAACCGCUAUACUGUUGGUUUUUCAUUUGUUUACUAAAAGAGUGUGGAAUGUGUAUAUUCACACUUAACGUGGUAGCGAUUGGAAUUUGUAAUGUAUUUAGCAUGUGUACGUUGAUGAUGGUAAGCGUUGAGAGGUAUCUCGCAAUAGAACUGCCUAUCUGGCACCGGGUACACGUUACACCAAAGAGGGUAAAGCAAACAGCAGCGGCUAUAUGGUUAACAUUGCCAAUAUCGAUGAUAACUUUUGUAAUCCUCCUGAAUAAACACGAAACCUUGAAAAAGUUGCCACCACUGAGGUUUACUUUGGGAAAUAUCGCAUUAAUCUUGUACUGCACAGUUAAAGUAGCUAUCACAGCAUAUUCCAAAACGAAGACCACUAAACCCAAAGCUGCAACUCAGCAGGCACAACAAGAGGAAGACCACGAGCGAAAGCUUCAGAUUCAAGAAUUCAAGAGAGGUUUAACAUUGGGUAUUCUGGUGCUAACUUCAGUCAUACUCUACUUUCCAAGCAUCAUUUUCAACAUMAUUCACCUUGUCAAUGGAAAAGACUUCACUCCAGAAUUCAAAUACAUUGCUCAACACAUUAUUCUUACGUUAAUUAAUCUGCAGUCCUUUGUCAAUCCGUUCAUCAUGGCACUACGCAUUAAAAAGAUCAGAAAAAGCUUGAAAAUAAAGAUAACGUCCUGUCUUAGCAUGUUUAAUGGAAACUGA